AUGAUUUAAGUAUAUAUUUGAAGAUGGUACGAAAUGGGCAUGUUGUGAAAAGAAGACAGGUAGAGAAAUUGGAUUUUGUGAAUAUUAUUGUAAGUUGUAGGGCAAAGAGAGUGAGACUGCAGAGCCCCCACCGUAGACGACUUUACUGUCUCUUCAAGUCCAUUUAGCUUACCACUCUGCAUCCACAUACAUGAGUCUGUGUUAAAGCUGGAGAACAUCGAUUUGCCCACCAUUUCUCACUGCCAAAGCCAUACCCAUAUUUAUUCUCUCUCGGUCUCUCUUCUCGGUCUCUCUUCUCAGUCUCUCACUCCCACAGCCUUUAGUUCGAGAAGACCGAAGGGGACUUCAUUUUCUUGUACGGGAAUUAAAAUAUUGAAGAUUGACAGAUAAAAACAUGAAUCUUCAGAGGAGAAAAUUUGUUAGGCUUGAUAGUACGGGAGUUGAUGGAAAAUUGAAAAGUGUUAGAGGACGCUUGAAGAAGGUUUACGGGAAGAUGAAAACACUCGAAAACUGGAGGAAGACCGUCUUGUUAGCUUGCGUGGUUGCUUUGGCUAUUGAUCCUUUGUUUCUGUUUAUCCCUUUGAUUGAUUCUCAGAGAUUUUGCUUCACUUUCGACAAGACACUUGUAGCAGUAGUUUGUGUCAUUCGUACUUUUAUUGACACGUUCUAUGUGAUUCACAUCAUUUAUUAUCUUAUAACCGAGACCAUUGCUCCUCGUUCUCAAGCAUCUUUGAGAGGCGAGAUUGUCGUGCAUUCUAAGGCUACACUGAAAACACGUCUCCUCUUUCACUUCAUUGUUGACAUUAUCUCUGUUCUCCCCAUUCCUCAGGUAUUGUUCCCUUCGUUUGUGUGUGCAUGACAUCUACUUUUCCAUGCUUUUUAUUAGAGAUGUACAUGCGUAAUUAUAGGUGGUGGUUCUCACUCUCAUACCACUGUCUGCGUCGCUGGUGUCAGAGAGAAUACUGAAAUGGAUUAUACUUAGUCAAUAUGUACCAAGAAUCAUUCGUAUGUAUCCGCUUUAUAAAGAAGUGACAAGAGCCUUUGGUACGGUAGCAGAAUCAAAGCGGGUCGGAGCUGCUUUAAACUUCUUCCUUUACAUGCUGCACAGUUAUGUGUGUGGGGCUUUUUGGUAUUUGAGUUCAAUAGAAAGGAAAAGCACAUGUUGGCGUGCCGCGUGUGCUAGGACAUCCGACUGCAAUCUCACGGUCACGGAUCUGCUUUGUAAACGAGCUGGUAGUGACAACAUUCGUUUUCUCAACACCUCAUGCCCAUUAAUCGACCCUGCCCAAAUCACAAACUCCACAGACUUCGACUUUGGUAUGUAUAUUGAUGCGUUGAAGUCAGGGGUCCUAGAGGUGAAACCAAAGGAUUUUCCCAGGAAAUUCGUCUAUUGCUUUUGGUGGGGUCUCCGUAAUAUUAGUGCUUUGGGCCAAAACCUGGAGACAAGCAACUCUGCAGGGGAGAUUUUCUUUGCUAUCAUCAUAUGUGUCUCUGGUUUACUCUUGUUUGCUGUGCUCAUUGGAAACGUUCAGAAGUACUUGCAAUCAUCUACGACUAGAGUAGAUGAAAUGGAAGAGAAAAAGAGAGACACAGAAAAAUGGAUGUCCUAUCGGGAGAUACCAGAGUAUUUGAAGGAACGCAUUAGGAGAUUUGAAGAUUACAAAUGGAGAAGAACCAAAGGCACCGAAGAGGAAGCUCUUCUUCGUAGUCUUCCAAAAGACCUCAGACUCGAAACCAAACGCUAUCUUUUUCUCAAGUUGCUCAAAAAGGUGCCUUUGCUCCAAGCUAUGGAUGAUCAGUUACUAGAUGCUCUAUGUGCUCGUCUCAAAACGGUUCAUUAUACAGAGAAGAGUUACAUUGUGCGUGAAGGUGAACCAGUGGAGGAUAUGUUGUUUAUAAUGAGAGGAAAUUUAAUCAGCACCACUACUUAUGGUGGCAGAACUGGUUUCUUCAAUUCUGUUGACUUAAUUGCUGGUGAUUCCUGUGGAGAUCUUCUCACUUGGGCAUUAUAUUCUCUUAGUUCCCAGUUCCCUAUCUCUAGUAGAACCGUUCAAGCGUUGACAGAAGUCGAAGGCUUUGUUAUCUCAGCUGAUGAUCUCAAGUUUGUCGCUACUCAGUAUCGUCGCCUCCAUAGCAAGCAACUCCAACACAUGUUCAGGUUUUAUUCAUUGCAAUGGCAGACAUGGGCAGCAUGUUUUAUACAAGCAGCAUGGAAGAGACAUUGUAGAAGGAAGCUCUCAAAGGCUUUACGUGAAGAAGAAGGCAAACUACAUAACACUCUUCAGAACGAUGAUUCAGGAGGCAAUAAACUUAACUUAGGUGCUGCGAUUUAUGCGUAGAGGUUUGCUUCUCAUGCUCUGAGGAAUCUAAGAGCAAAUGCAGCAGCCCGAAAUUCUAGAUUCCCACACAUGUUAAUUUUGUUGCCUCAGAAACCAGCCGAUCCUUAGUUUCCUAUGGAUGAAACCUAGUUUUGUAUAGUUGUUGACUCUAUCUCUCUGUAAUGUGAUCGCUAGUGAUUUCUUGCAAAUAACUUUUGUGUAAACCAGUAAAGAUAUUUUUAUGUGAAAUAAUAAUCAAUAGGAAAAUUUCUUAUAGAGUUUAGUAAAAAAACAAUUUUAAUGGAGACGUUUUAGCGAAUACUCACCACC